ACCAUGGCGAGGCUCAGCUGGGGAUACGGCGAGCACAACGGUCCAAUUCAUUGGAAUGAACUUUUCCCCAUUGCUGAUGGUGAUCAGCAAUCUCCCAUUGAAAUUAAAACCAAAGAAGUGAAAUAUGACUCUUCACUCCGACCUCUUAACAUCAAGUAUGACCCCACCUCUGCUAAGAUCAUCAGCAAUAGUGGCCAUUCCUUCAAGGUUGACUUUGACGACACAGAGGACAAAUCAGUUCUGCGUGGGGGUCCUCUCACUGGAAGCUACAGAUUGCGACAGUUCCACCUUCACUGGGGCUCCGCUGACGAUCAUGGCUCUGAGCACAUAAUAGAUGGGGUGAGGUAUGCUGCAGAGCUCCAUGUUGUGCAUUGGAAUUCAGACAAAUACCCCAGCUUUGUAGAAGCAGCUCAUGAGCCAGAUGGACUAGCUGUCCUGGGAGUAUUUUUACAGACUGGUGAACACAAUUUGCAACUGCAAAAAAUCACGGACAUUUUGGAUUCCAUUAAAGAAAAGGGUAAACAAACUAGAUUCACAAAUUUUGACCCAUUAUCUCUGCUUCCACCAUCCUGGGACUACUGGACGUAUCCUGGCUCUUUGACGGUUCCACCUCUUCUAGAGAGUGUCACAUGGAUCGUUUUAAAACAACCUAUAAAUAUCAGCUCUCAACAGCUGGCCAAAUUCCGCAGCCUCCUGUGUACUGCAGAGGGUGAAGCAGCAGCAUUUCUGUUGAGCAAUCACCGCCCACCACAGCCCCUAAAGGGCCGUAAAGUGAGAGCCUCUUUCCAUUAACCGUUGUCACCAGUGGGUCACCCCAAACUUGAAUGUGGAGAGACAGAAAACAAAACAAAACACAAAAAAUUCCUACUAACAAUUCUUUUCUAGAAUUCAAAUUUAUGGACACCAUUUUACUAUCAGCUUCAGUACCACAAA